AUGCUAAUAAAAGACAAAUCAAAUAUUAAAGAAUCAAAGAAGCAUUAUAUUAAAAAAAAAAUUACGAAUACAGAGUUACAUUCUAAUAGUGCAAGCGAAUAUCAAAUAAAAACAUGGUUUAACUCACCAUAUCCAGGUAGUUCAGGAGAUUUGAAGUCAAGUUUACUUUAUGUUUGCAAUAAAUGCUUUAAGUAUUCUACUAAUGGAUUCUUAAUAGCUAAUCAUGAAGUAAUUUGUUUUUCACUGAAAUCACAAGGAAAGGUUAUUUUCAAAAAUGCAUCAUUAAAAAUCAAAGAAUUAGACGGAAAACAACAUAAGUUAACCUGUCAAUGUCUUUCUUUAUUUGCAAAGCUUUUUCUUGAAAAUAAAUCAAUAUGUUAUGAUGUAGAGAAUUUUUUGUUCUAUGUUCUUACAAGAACGAACAAGAAUAUGGAAGAAACAGUUGGUUUUUUCUCUAAAGAGAAACUUUCUUGGGAUGAAUAUAACCUUGCAUGUAUAUUAAUAUUCCCGCCGUAUCAGAGACAUGGUUAUGGAAAAGUUUUAAUCGCUUUAUCAUAUGAACUCUCAAAAGCAGAAAGGAAAUGGGGAUCACCAGAAAAACCUCUUUCUAAUCUUGGCUUUAUUAGCUAUUUAUCAUACUGGACUCACUCGAUUGUUACGUUCUUAUUGCGAAAUACAACCGAUAAAUCACAUAAUUUUUCAAUUCGAGAAAUUUGCGAAAAAACAGCAAUAAGACCAAAAGACGUCAUAUACGCAUUAAAAACAUUAAAUAUACUUGAAAACUGGAAUUCUUCUCAAAAUAAAUUUAUAAUCUCAUAUGAAAGUUUAAAAUCAUUUGUAGAAAAAAAUAAUAUAGAUCUUAAACCUAUAAUUCCUGAUACGGCUAUUUUACGUUCGCAGCAAUAA